GUUGACAUUGUGGACAUCUAUGAGUCUAUCCGUGAAAGGCAGCGUCAUGACAGCGAAAGGUCUACCUGCAGCACCUUGGAGCAGAAUGACAUUGAAGCUGUUGAAGCGCUUGUUUGUAUGAGCUCCUGGGGUCAAAGAUCACAGAAAGGUGACAUAUUAAAGAUAAGGCCACUUACACCUUUCUCAGAUUCUGGUGAUUUCACAAUGCACGCUGAGGCUACGUCUGAAUUACCAAAGGACUAUUUAUCUACACUGUGCAUGACCCCUCCACACAGCCCUGACUUUGUUGAGAUAUCAGCUGCUAUGCUCCUCUCCUCACAAGUCACUUACUCCAAACCAAGGACUGUCAUGGCAAAUACAGCUGCCUGCUCAGUCACAUCAGCGACCGGUGCCUCUCCCAUAACCAAGCCAUCUGUUAUCAACAUGGAGCGACAGUGCAGCCAGAAGCCAGUGAUACCUGAAUCCUUUGCCCCUCAGCCUUGCAGGGCCAUGGCCACAAGUGUGAUACGUCACACAGGUGACAGUCCUGCUGCGCAAGAGAAAACAAAGGUAACUUCAGGCUACAGCACUUCCAGAGACUGGUGUGGAGUGGAUGACCGAAGACAUUCCAGACUGCCACAGGACACGAGUGCUGCAGAUGAUUUAAUUAACAAAACCUCUCCAGUACAUCAGCCUUAUACACGUGACUCCAGUGAUAUUGUGACCAAUAAAGGACAACUACCAGUCCGGCCUGUUUCACCACAGACCCACUUACCAAAGAAUUGUGAGAAUGACUUGCAAAAAAGAGCUACCCCAGUGACACCUGCCCCCGUUUCAAGCCCCCAGGUUCUCUGUCAAAUGAUCCCUUUAAAUGGACAAAGCAGUAUGAUCAAUGCCUAUGUCAAGCCUUCAACUCCAACAGUCUCAACUCCCAUGAAACCUAUUUUACCGCAGACAGCCCCUCUCUCUCAGCCUGUACUCAUGGGACCUUCUGUGCCUCAGGGGACCGUCAUGUUGGUUCUUCCACAGACUGCUGUCACACAGACACCGCAGUGCCCGCAAACAGUAAUGACUGUUGGGAACACCAAGUUACUGCCCCUUGCUCCUGCUCCUGUGUUCAUCGCUUCUGGUCAAAGCUGUGCCCCGCAGAUGGACUUUUCUAGACGGAGGAAUUAUGUUUGCAACUUCCCUGGGUGCAAGAAAACCUAUUUCAAAAGUUCCCACCUCAAAGCCCACCUUCGCACCCACACUGGAGAAAAGCCUUUCAGCUGCAACUGGGAUGGCUGUGACAAGAAGUUUGCCCGCUCAGAUGAACUGUCACGCCACCGUAGAACUCACACGGGAGAGAAGAAGUUUGCUUGUCCUGUGUGCGAGCGCCGCUUCAUGCGCAGCGAUCACUUGACAAAGCACACCCGCCGCCAUAUGACCACAAAGAAGAUCCCCAGCUGGCAGACAGAGGUUGGCAAACUCAACAGAAUUGCCGCAGCAGAGAAACCGAAAAGCAGCAGUGCUCUGAGUAUGCUCAUCCCUGUGCCAUCAUCUGUCUGCCAGGGCUAGUGUGAGGAAGCACCUUCUCUACAAACUUUCUGAAGAUCAGGAAGAGCUCUGAUGGCUACAACAGAACUGACAAUGGCUUUUUUCCCCAUGUUUGUGCAUACUUUAGUUUUCUUCAGUUUAGGGCCUCUGUUAAUAAUGCUAUGUGAGAAAUCUAUCAUAUCUUUCCUUGUCCCUUCCCAAUUUGUUUUUUUCAAUACUUGGGCAAAUGCAAUCACCAGCACUUCAGGAAAGCAGAACUCUUUGGAAAUUAUUUUGGCAAUAGGUUAAAAACGUCACUUGUAAUGCUUGCUGUUGAUAUUUUGAUGGACAGUAAAACAGGGUGAUUUUUAAUUUUUAUACUAGUAUUUUCUAUACCAAAUAUAUUUUGUAUUUAUUCAUUUUGGUCUUGAUACGUAGGCAAAUUACUUGACCUGCAUUAGUAGGGGUGUGCAGGAUGAGACCCAGAGUUGUUUUGGAAACUCCUUUUCAGUAAACCUAAAGAAUUGCAU